AUGCGACAGUGUUUAAAGACUUUUCACAGAUCAGAUAGUUUCUGAGCAACACUGAAACAUCGCGCUGUCGUGUGCAAUAAAUAUGGGAUGUGGGAGCUCCAAAAUCACGGUGGUUGAACCCGUAAAACCGUGCAGCAGAAAUGAGACCGAAAUUCAUGAUCUUUCCGUGGCUCAGGGGGGCCCUCGUGGGGACUCCGCGGUGUCCAAAACCACCACAGACAGCGGGGUCGGUUUUGAUGCCGGAGAGCCAACAGCUCUACCAGGAUCUGUACCUAGACUACUACCACCCCUGCGAGCCCAGAGUCCUGCAUUAGCCCAGCAGAGCCAUGAGAGACCCAAGUCCAGCACCAUCCUGGAGGAACUGCUUACUCAGGGAAUCAUUCCAGCUCAGCCGAGACAGGGCACCAGUGGAGAGGCCUACAACAUUCUGAUGGAUGACGUUGGAAAGCCAAGGAGCAGACCACCCGCUCGGCUGGAGUCGCUUAAAACCCAAAAAGAACAAGCGGUCACGGGAAAAGAAGACAUUGAGAUCAAGAUGAGCCAGGUUGAGAAAAGAAGAAAGGAAAGAGAGGAAGACCUAAAACUUAGGUUGAGGACUAAAUCCGCACGGCCUCGUAUUUUUGCAGAGGAACAAAACCAUUUAGAACCGGUCCAUUCUGAGCAGCUUCCUGUCCCAACCCGAACCAAAGAGCUACAGACACCAAUGGAUAAAAAGUCUGAGGACCAAAGACUUGCUGACUCCCCAGAAGUGGAAAAUGACUCCACCUUUCAACAGAUUGAAAGCACAGAUGACUUUGGCUUUUAGACCUGCUCCAUUCUCUUGGUUUAUUCCAGACUAGAGCAGACUAAAUUGCCACUGUUCAUACAGAAAGAGUUUAAUCUAGGGGUGUUCCUACAUGUACAUUCUUAGAGUUGCACAUGCACUUUACAGGUCAUUAUUAAUCUCGAUUUAGCACAGAGUGUAUGGGUCAGAUAUGACUCUGAUCUCAGUUGUUACAUUAUUAUAUAGGAAAAAUAAAAUAGAAAUCAUGUGCCUUAUUGGUUUAAACAUCAAGACAACUAAAUAAUGAAUGAUAGAUUAAGGAUGAAAUACUGGUUUGAGUGGCCAAUGCUUUUGCAGAAUUUUCUUUUAUGCAGAACUGAGUUUUGUUCAUUAUUCUUGUGAAAUCUAGUUUUCAUCUUAUAUGAAAUUGAUAUAUUUGCAUAUGUUGCUAUUAUGUAAAAUCUGUUGACAUUAAUUUAUAAAUGUUUUCAAUGACACUUUCAAAAAUUAACCAUUGUUUUCGACAACAUACACUGAAAACAGUUAGUGUAGUUAAACCCAGAAAUUAGUCAUGGUUUUGCUGCAGUAACCAUUGUUUAGGCCUAACCAUGCAUGGUAUUUGUUGUAAAAACAUUUCAAACGGUUAUCUAAAUUGUAAUCAAUAUGCCGAAAAUAUGAGUUUAUUUUUCGUAUGGGACAGUCAAUAAAUAUUUUAAGAACGUGUUUUUGCGUUCAUGUCACAGAAGGCCACAAGGAGUCGCUAGUCGCAUAAGGCAAGAGGGCUGAGACAUGGAUCUUGGCCUCUGUUAUAGGAUUCUGAGAUAGCUCUUUUAUAUGUUAGUUUAUCUCUUUGCAGUUAUGGUGGUGUACUGUAACCAAGCUUACUGCAAUUGGCUAAUUA